CAUGAUAAGCGAUCUGUAACUCAUUAAUCCUUGAAAUCAAAAAACCUACAUUCACGAAUCUCAUUGAAACCAUGCUGUCUCCCAAACAGCUGUAAUAUUAAUUCAUCUUCAAGACAAAUAAUAAUGACAUUUUAGAUGAAAAAUGUUCACAUAAAAUAUCUUUAUAAUAAAUGCCGUCAAAUAUCACCAAUAAUUUCAUUUGUUUCUCAUGGGAAUAAGAUUCCAGUCAUAUUAUUCAAAGUACAUCAGAUACCACUUUGACGACAUCUAACGGUUUCAAAUAGCACUAUGUAGGAGAGGGAAUUUGAAAAACAAGCAUAAUAGCUCAAACAGCGUAACAAACUUUUUUCAAAACUAAUGUACUGAAUAUGAAUUGAAUAAUCAUUGAAGGUCAGCAGCUGAAUAAUAAUAGGUGCCUGAAAUCUGAUCUCAUAAACUUACUAUGAAUAAUGCAUUUUUUAGUUUGUUUUGUUACCGUAUUUGAAUCAAUUUUAUUUAUAUUUUACCCUACUCUGUAGCCUAAAGAAACCACCUCAUGAAUAUGGGUACUCCACUAAGUUUACCUGAAAAUAAAAAUGACGAUUAAAUAAUAAAUAAAGUAGUAGGCCUACACUCUUUUUUAUACCUAAGUCAAACCUAUAGUAGCCCAGUCUUUCCUAUUAGGUACCAUAUUCAAUUUUCUUGGCAGCUUGUUCAAGUGCAGAACGUUUAUUUGAUAUAGUCAGCUGAAAACUCAAUUUCAAUUAAAAACAAUACAAUUCUCUUAAAAUUCUCAAGUUGUAUAAAAUAUGGAAGUUGCAAUAAACCUUACUGAAGAAUGUACAUGGGAAAAGCUCAAUGACUAUUUCUUGGAGUUUGGCUCAGCAAUAAACAUAAUGAAACUCUUUCAGUAUGACAAAAAUAGAUUUGAUAAGUACAGCAUAAAACUAAAAUCAACGAACGAUGGCGAAAUAUUAAUCGAUUACUCAAAAAAUCUUGUCGAUGACAAUGUUAUGGAGUUACUUAUUAAAUUGGCUAAAGAUAGAGGAGUGGAGUCAGCAAGAAAGUCAAUGUUGUCAGGAGCUAAGAUCAAUUUCACUGAGAACAGAUCAGUACUUCAUGUAGCUCUACGUAAUCGCAAGAAUACACAAAUCAUAGUAGAUGGAGAAGAUGUAAUGCCCAAUGUUAAUGCUGUUCUGAAUCACAUGAAAGAUUUUGUUGAAAAAGUGAUAUCAAAAGAAUGGAAAGGAUACACUGGAAGACCUAUUGAAGAUGUUGUAAACAUUGGAAUUGGUGGCUCUGAUUUGGGCCCAUUGAUGGUCACUGAAGCUCUUAAGUUUUAUGCCAUUGGUCCAAGAGUUCAUUUCGUGUCGAACAUUGAUGGAACUCAUCUAGUUGAGGUUUUGAAGAGAGUCAACCCAGAAACUGUGUUAUUUAUAAUUGCUAGCAAGACGUUUACCACACAAGAGACUAUCACAAAUGCAAAUUCUGCAAAAAUAUGGUUUUUGGAAUCUGUUAAAGAUCCUUCAGCUGUGACAAAACAUUUUGUUGCCUUAUCAACAAAUUCUGAUGAAGUUAGAAGAUUUGGGAUCGACACCAAAAACAUGUUUGGAUUUUGGGAUUGGGUUGGUGGACGAUAUUCAUUGUGGUCAGCAAUUGGUCUGUCCAUUGCAUUAUCAAUUGGAUUUGACAAUUUUGAGUGUCUGUUGGAAGGAGCACACUUCAUGGAUGAACAUUUCUUCAACACACCGAUAGAAAACAAUGCUCCAAUAAUCUUGGCAAUGAUUGGAGUCUGGUAUAUAGACUUUUACAAAGCUGAAACUCAUGCAAUACUGCCCUAUGACCAAUACCUACAUCGGUUUGCUGCUUAUUUUCAACAAGGCGACAUGGAAUCGAACGGCAAGAGUGUGACUCAGUCUGGGAAACAAGUAUCAUACCCCACUGGACCAAUAGUUUGGGGCGAACCAGGAACAAAUGGUCAGCACGCUUUCUACCAAUUAAUUCAUCAAGGAACAAGACUCAUUCCAGCUGACUUUAUAGCUCCUGCCACCAGUCAUAACCCAAUCGGCGAGGGAAAACAUCACCGAAUACUUCUCGCCAACUUCCUAGCUCAGACUGAAGCGCUAGCAAAAGGCAAAUCAUCCCAAGAAGUGGAAGCUGAACUAACCAGAUCCGGUAAGUCAGCUGAGGAAAUCAAACGCAUCCUUCCUCACAAGGUUUUCCAAGGAAACAAGCCUACAAACUCCAUCGUUUGUCAAAAAAUAACGCCAUUCAUUCUCGGAGCACUGAUUGCUCUCUAUGAACACAAGAUAUUUGUCCAAGGUGUGAUCUGGAAUAUCAACUCUUAUGAUCAAUGGGGCGUGGAGCUGGGCAAACAAUUGGCUAAAGUUAUUGAACAAGAGCUCUCAAAUUCAAACUGUGACAUUUCUAAUCAUGAUCAAUCUACCAACGGUUUAAUGAACUUCAUCAAGAAAAACUGGUAGCUGAAUGUAAUUCAUUGAAUGUUUUUUAAUAAUUUAUUAAAACUAUUGUUUUUGUGUUUAAAUGAUUAAUUUUUUUAAAUUAAUUUAUAGUUUUAUUAUAAUAUUAUGUUAUUAUAGACUUAAUUUAAUUUAUAGUUUUUACAAGCAAAAAUAAUUUCGAUCGAGAGAAUAUAAAUGCGAAUCCUCGACUAUAUCUCUGUCAAAUUUAGAUAGAAAGCUUAGUCCAUAAAAGUCAAAACCUCACUUAUUAUCAAACUUAGAAAUAUAAUUUAUAAAAAGAAUAUAUUUCACAAACAUAAAAUCAUGAUCUCUCGGAAAAAUAUAGAUAAUUUAUUAAAAUUAAAAGCGAUUAUUAUGAAAAUUUAUUAUUGGAAAGGAUCAACUCUAGUGUAGAAGAAUUUCAUUAUUUUCUGAGGUACCUAGAUAGUGACAACUCAGUAAUGGGAACAAUCAAGGAGUGCCUGAUCAAUUUUUUACAGAAACAUUCAAAAUGUAAAGCAGAACAUCUAGAAAUUUUUUCCAAGAAUUACUGUUAUUAGUCAAAUUAUUUGAUGGGGGAAUUUGAAAUCAGAAAAAUGAAUAGCCGUAUCAUUUAUUUAGAAUCUUAACUCUGGAAAUGACAAACGUAUUCAAGAAUUGCUUUCAAUUAAUUUGAUGAUUUCUAAACAAAAGAUUAUGAUCAAUGUACAAAAAAAUAUUCAUUUUUCUCAUUGGCAUUUAUCAUAGUUUUUAUGGUAGUUUUUAGAACUUAUGAUCGCUUUUGUAAUGAACUUCUCUGUUGAUGCAAUAGAAAAAUUAUGACAAUAUUUUUUUGCAAAUACAACAGUAACUUAUAUUUGAAUAGUUCGUUCAAUGAAAUAAUAUUAUAGCAAUGAAUUAUUCAAAAACACAUUUUUAUAUGUAAACGUAUAGUUUUGAAGUACCGUACAACUUCAAGUGUUAUUAGAUAUUACUGGGCAUGAAUAUAAAAAACAAACUAUCUUCAAAUUGAAAAUUAAGUCAACAUUUUUGUUAGCCAAUGAAAACUUAAAUCUAAGCAAAGUGAAAAAUUGAAUAAAACUUGGAAAUUGAAAUAUACAUGAAAAUAUGCUAAACUAAAUCCAAAAUCAUGAAGGAAAACAUUACUUAACGUCCUAAUCCAUUCGGUUUUUAUUGAAAAGAAUUUGUUAAUGACUAGCAAGAAAAUAUCAAUAUUUGAACUUCUGUUUCUGUGAAUAAUUGAAAAAAACUGCCAAAAAUGUAUACAGUAUUAUAAGUAAUGAUAGAAUUCAACAGGAAAAUGAUUCAUAAAUCAUUACAGAUUUGAAAUUUUGGUCGAAUUCUGGAAUUUGAAUUAGGACACCGCAGACCGCACCGUUUUAAAAAUCUCUGAAUGUAGUGUACAGUGUAUUCAAUUUCACUUCCAAAUCUAAGCUUGAUUUAUCAAUGGAUAUAAGAUAGCAUAUAUAAUAUUUUUCAACAGUUUCUGUCACAAUAUAAUAAUUUAUAUAGGAAUACUAUUUCACUCAUUCAUUCAAUUUACACUUAUAUUGCCUAAACCACAAUUUUUUUUCUUGAAAGUUAUAUAAUUUCGUUAAAGCUUUGGCGAUUAAUUAUUAUAACUACUGUACUAUUCUCGUAGACAACAUCUAGAACCAUGAUAAUUGGUGUACAUUAUAUAUUGUAAUUAUGAUGAACUACCUAGAUUGAAUUUUGAAUUAAUGUGUUUAAAUUUAUUUAUACCUGAUUUUGUUGUACUUUGAGUUUCUCAUCUUUACAAGCUAAGGCUUUACUUAAAUUGCAAUUCACUAAAAAUAUUUAGAUAACUUCUUAGUUUGGAGUUGGGCCCAAGGAGUGAAAUGAAAAAUGGAUUUCAGUUACAUCAAGAUUUCGAUAGCAUUCGACGUUUUGAUACUUGUGAAUGAUGAAUUUGGAAUGGUUUCAUAAUUUUAUGAAAAAAAAAUUACUAAAUUACUCUAGUACUUUGAGUAUAAUAUGAAGAGUUCAAUUAUUAUUUCCAUUGAUUCUAGCUUUCUACUACGACUGGUUUUGAUUUCAUAGUAUUAAUUACACUUAAUUGCAAUAAUGGCAUGCAAAACAGCAAACAUUUAGAUUAAAAGUCAAUGUAAGGCAGAAACACAGUAAGAAAUCAUCACAUGCCUUCAGAACCUGCUGAAAACUUACUUAAUACUACUCACAUAAAUUUGUACUUAUACAUACAAUUUAAUUGCUAAGUAGAAUGGAACAAUUUUAAUGUUGUGAAAGAUGAGAAACGGACUUUAACACUAUCAACAUCUAUUAAUUUAUCAUUAUUUCAGACUAAAUCAAGGCUGUAUUCUUAAAAUAAUGCUUGGUGUUCUUGGAGUAUGAACUUCAUAGUAGUUUCAAUACAACUUGACAGUAGACAAGUUCAGAUCUACUAAAUGUCCAAGGUAUUUAGACUUGACCUUGCCAAUCAAUUUCACACUGCCAAGUGAAAUACAUCUCACUAUAAAUACAACAAUGAAACAAAUCACAAUAAUUUGUGGCUUAACAUGAUUGGAUCAAAAAAUAUGGAUUUUCCUUACAAUUAAUACACGCAACAUUCAUUGUAUAAAUUGCUUUGUUAUAUUUUGGAACGGUUUGGGCUGUAAAGUGUGAGUGUGACGUAACCAGGGGUUUUUGGUCGGGCACAAUACCGAUCCGAAUAGUAUUAAAUUCAACAAUAGUAGUAUAAAUGCUUGGAGUUCAUUUUAGGAGGAAAGAGGGGCGAGUUUUCCCCAAUUUUUGAAAAUAUUUCUUGUCGAAAAAUAAAUAUUAUUAUAAAAAAACAAAAUGUUAUUAUUAUUGUAUUUUGGAAUGGAAAAUCAUGAUAGAAAUUGUAGUUGUUUCAAAAGCUUUUGCUAAAACAAUUGUUAGGCUUUUUGACGAAUAAGCUAAGGAUUUUUUUAGGUAAUUUCAAGUUAACAAAACCAUAAUUCAUGAGCAAGGUUUUAUAAAUAAUCAAGUUUACUCUAUAUACCAUGAUCUAAAAAAAUAUAAGAUGGAAAUCAGAAUAUACCACUGUAAAAAACCCUGCACAGGGUUGUAUUAGUAAGAGGAUGAAUCUGAAUCUUAAGAAAUAUUUAUACAAAACAAUUUUCCCAAAAAGGUUUCGAUUUUCAUUCAAAAUUACCUGUAUAAUUUCUUAGAAUCACCAAAGAAAUAAAAAAACUACUCCACAAUUUUCAAAAGAGAUUUUAGAAAUAGUCUACACACUUUUCAUGGUAAACUAGGUACUCCAGAAUUUUCAACAAAUUUACAUACUUUCCAUGUUAUAAAAGGAUCAAUUUAUCAAAAGUGUGAUGCCUGUUCCUCAAUCUACUAAUAUUUUUCAUGUCUUAGAUCUAGAUUGGGGGAGGAACCCUGGCUACGCCACGAUGAGUUUAUAAUUAUUGGUAUAAUUGCUCUAUACUUGGCAGUUUACCAUAAGGACAGACAGAAACUGCUAGAGACACUAUUUUCAACUAAAUUCUUCUGUGAAGCUACUAAUCGAAAUUCACACAUUGACAUGAUCAAUAGAAAUACAAUUAUUAUUGCUUUAGCUCUUAUCACAAGAGAUAUUACGAUUAAGAAAUAUUGUUAUCAAUUUUGUUGUAGAUUUCUUUUUACCUAGUUAGGCUAGGUAAGAUUGAACGACCCGUAUUAAAUGAAUUAACUCAAAGGCACUUCUACUGAUGUAGGUAUUAUUUGCGAGAAAUCUAAUGAAAGCUUAUUCUUUACCUUAAUUUGGUCAGAUAUUUGAGAUUUGAUAAAAAAAGGGAUGAAGUUUAAUAUUGUUUACUAAUUGCUAAUACAAUUUGAAGAAUUAAAUGUAAUAAAUCAUUUGCACAACUUUUAGAAUUUUUAUUAUGAAUACAUUCUAAUUGGUGAAUAAAAAUAGAAAUUGAUGAAUGUAUCAUUUCAUUAGAUUAGAGAUUUACUAGAAUCUAAGGAGAUUCGUUUUAAAACAUUAGGUAGUCUUUCUAAGAUUGACCAGAUUUUAGACAAGGAAUUAAAAAUUUAUAAAUUUUAAAAUGCACUGACAUGACUAUAGUACGGACAUGGAGUAAAAGUGCCAAAGAAUUAUUCAUAACAUCUAUUUUCAACUCAAAAACAUUAAUGAGAGCAGGCAUAAAUUCUUACAUACAAUUUCCAAUUUGUAGAGAUAUUGCUUUGAAUUGUUAUCACUAUUACAAGUAGUUCUAUGGCAAUAAAUAUAUAUAUAUGUAAAAAUAAAUAAGUUUUAAAAAAGAUUGCCGUUUAAAACAUAAAUUAUAUAAUUUUCAAAUAAAGGCACAAGUUUCGCACAGGUUUUGAAAUAGCCUUUCAUUUUAAAAUGCGUGACAGAAGAUGAAGUCUAUACAUUGACGAAAGAGAGAGAAAAUAUAAUCAGUUUUAUCUUAGUAUAGAGAAUAUCUAAGAGCAUAGUCAAUAAAUAAAAAUAGUUUUCACGAAAUAAGAAAAAUCGAAUCAUAAAAUAGCCUAGUAUAAAUAAAUGAUAAACCUUGAAAAAAAUACAAGAAAUGCUGCAAUUAAUUGCUUUGAUGUUAAACAUAAUGUUAAAUUGGAAGGCACUAAUAUGCUGUUCAAAAUAUGUAGUCAAAAUUCACACCAACUUAUAUUAUGCUAUUUGGAGUCUAGAUUCAUAUCUCAUUAAUAUAAUAAAGCACUAGCCUCCACUCUAACAUCGACAUUCAAUAUUGGUAUAUUCCAUCAGGUAUAUAAUUGAUUAUGAUACUCAAUGAGAAAAUUAAAUUUAUACAUAAAAAUUAAUAUCGAAAAGAACCCGGGAUUACCCCGAUGAGAAAUGUACCAAUAAGUACAUUAAUUAUAAGGCAGAUAAACACAAUCAUAAUUUGAAACCUCUCUUUAAAUCAGACUUUCCAAUAUCCUCAUUUACAAUGCACGCUUUAAUCAGUUUCCUCCCACAAAAUA